UAUGUGGCUCAUUGGCUGGAGGACAGCGGCAGGAGCAGCAGCAGCAGCAGUAGCAGGAGGAUACAUCCCAGACCAAACUGCCUGAGCAACAUGGUCGUUGUGAGAAUCGUUGCUUGCCUGUGUCUGCUUGUGGGCGUCUCGCUCCAGGUGGACGUGAAAAGUGGGAAAGAGGCAGGAAAAGCCGGGAAUUUCAUGGAAGAUGAGCAAUGGCUGUCAACCAUCUCCCAGUACAGCCGUAAGAUCAAACACUGGAAUCGCUUCAGAGACGAAGUUGAGGAUGACUACAUUAAAAACACUGAAGAGAACACCGGUUCUGAUGAAACUCUGGACACCACCAAGGAUCCGUGCCAGAAUGUGAAGUGCAGCCGCCAUAAGGUGUGCAUCGCUCAGGGCUACCAGAGGGCCAUGUGUGUCAAUCGCAAAAAACUGGAGCACAGAGUCAAACAGUCAGGGCAGACGGAGGUUCAUGAAGGCAGCUGCAAGCCUUGUCCUGUGGCUGCUUCCUCACCUGUGUGCGGCUCUGAUGGACACAACUAUGCUUCAGAGUGUAAGCUGGAGCAGCAAGCUUGCCUCACGGGCAAAGACCUGAACGUCAUGUGCACUGGAUUUUGCCCCUGCUCCACAGCCCCCGGUACCGUCACAAAUGCCGACACGAAACGCGAGAGCUGCACUGGCCAGGACCUGGCAGACCUGGGUGAUCGCCUGAGAGACUGGUUCCAACUCCUUCAUGGAAACGCGAAGCAGAAUAACUCUGGCAAGCCCGGAGCAGGCACCGCUUCAGCACUGGACAAGAGCCUGGUAGCCAGCUGCAAGGACUCCAUCGGCUGGAUGUUCUCGAAGCUGGACACCAACAGUGACCUGUAUCUUGACCACGCUGAGCUGGCUGCUAUUAACCUGGACAAGUAUGAGGUCUGCAUCCGACCUUUCUUCAACUCCUGUGACAGCUACAAGGAUGGGAAGGUCUCCACAGCAGAGUGGUGCCUCUGCUUCUGGAGAGAAAAGCCGCCAUGCCUUGCUGAGCUGGAGAGGAUCCAAGUGCAGGAGGCAGCCAAAAAGAAGCCGGGGAUGUACAUUCCCAGCUGUGAUGAGGACGGCUAUUACAGGAAAGUGCAGUGUGACCAGAGCCGAGGGGAGUGCUGGUGCGUGGACCAGCAUGGUGGAGAAAUGAUGGGCACCAGAAUCCACGGCAACCCCGACUGCGAUGAAGUGGUGGGAUAUUCUGGAGAUUUUGGAAGUGGAGUGGGAUGGGAAGAUGAGGACGAGAAGGAGGCAGAGGACAACGGGGAAGAGGCAGAAGAGGAGGAAGAGGAGGAGGGUGAGGCAGACGAUGGAGGAUACAUCUGGUAGAACUGUGUGACCCCCACAUGGAGAGCAUGGCCGCUGGCCUGAAAAUCUGCAGAGAUGACUCUCUCCUAAAACCUAAAGAUUUGGGGGUUCGUGCUGGGGAGGUAUGGGAUUGUCCUGGUGGGAUGUGUAGUGCUUGGCAGGUCCAGUGAUGAAAUGAUGACCAGUUUUUUUUUGUCUUAGAUAUGUGUAAUUGCUUCAUUCUAUUCUCUAUUUUUUUGAGCAACAGAGCUGUUUUUGUUUUGCUGUCCUGAAAAGCAGGACCCACUGACUACUGCGCCAUUGGUAGCUAAAGUCCAUCAGAAUUCCUAUCUUGUCCAAGCGCCAUCUAUGCAUAUAGAGAUUACCAGUAAUUUUGUAUUGUGUGAACCGUUGCUUGAUUAUUAGAGUUGUCGUCCCACUGGAAUGACUAGAGAUCAGAAUUUAAGCAAACAGUUUGACAUUUUGGGAAAUAAGCUUAUUUGUGUUUUUUGCAGAGGGUUAGAUGAGAGGAUCGUUACCACUCUGGUGUUUAAAUAUGAGGCAAGAAGUGUGGGAGAAGGUUCAUUUAUCUUAGUGUAAAGAAAACAGUUGCUUUGUUCUAUCUCAAAGGGAAAAAAAACAACCUAACAUUUGUCCAUUCAUCCAUUUUUUUUAAAAAACAUUUAUCCCACUUAGGGCCGCAGGGAGCUGGAGUCAAUCCCAGUGGCCUGGACAGAUCUCCAGUCCAUCACAAGACUCAACAUUUUAUAUCAAAUUUGUUUGAUCUGUAUUAAAAAAAAACACAGGGAAGUCACAUCACUGGGGAAAGAGACAGACAUUUUUACACUUUUUCUAGAAAUUGUUAAUGUGUUAAUUACUUAAGAGGUGGUAAUGCCUGGGUUUUAAUACCUUUAAAUGCAGCUAGAUUAGCUGAUCCUACCUGGUAUGAAACAAUCUGACAAAUGGGACAGUAGUGAUUACAUAACAAGUAUCAGAGGUCUACUUCUCCCAGUAGAUUUACAUCUGUUUUGGUUCCCUCUCACCACUCCCACAGCACCAUUUUCAGUCUUAGAAGACACCUGAAAAGUAGGCACUACUUCCUGAUCAGCACCAAACAGCAGACAUACACAUUUACUGUAGCAGCUGGCGAUAAUGUUGGAGCAGCUAGAUUUCCGUUCGGAGCUGGUAGAUCCAAUCAUACUAAAGCAGAGUAAAUACUGGAGUUACAUUUGGCAGAUUAAAAAUAUAUAUAUAUCAUAAAUGGUAAUAUUCGAUUGCUGCUUAUGUAAAUAAGUUCAGUAUAUCAGCUGGCAAUACUGUGCUCAUAGCUUGUUUCCUCUGCCCCAUAGGGCUAAAAAAAUUUCACAGUAAUCCAACUUGGCUACAUAAUACAGUUUUUAAGCUUAUUUUCCAAAAUGUCAAACGUUUCCUUUGAAGCAGCUCAGCACAAUGUAGUUAUGUAUUUCCAAACUGAUUAUGUACAUAAAUUCAGUGAAAAUCAACUGUGAAGGAAGCUUAGAGGAUUUCAGGUCACUAUGGUUUCAGUCUAUCUGUGUGAAGGUCUACCACAGCUCAAAUCAGUUUUCAAAUUGUACACGUUUUGCUAUUUAAGUGGACACACACAACUAUACAGGGCCUAUAUUCCCAGCGGAUUAUUGAAAACCUUUAGAAUGUACUUCAUUGACCCAAACUUCACCCACAGUAGAAACCACUAGUCGCUGUCCUCUGCUGACUCGGAAAUCAUGUCAAAGAAUGUGCCACAGAUUUCUUUGCAACUUGAAAUACUGUAUUUUGUGUUUCUAAAAAGAAGUGUGCAUUACUUGAAGUCGUGUGUAUACUUGAAUUUACACUGUAUUUUCUUUUUCUAUGAAAAUAUUGUUGCCAUGUCUUCAUUCUUGCUAUUGAUAGGCCACACAUUUGUUUGUUUUUAGUAUUGCAUGUUAGUAAAUAAGAAUGUACUUCUUGGCUGAGCACUUUACUAAUAAAGGCGAUGGAGCCG